CAAGAGUUAAAAUCUAUAUAAUUGCCGUAAGGAGAUAAUAAGAUCUAUAAUUAGAAAGUAAUAAUAAAGUAAUUUGUCGCAUGCAAAGAAAAAAAAAUGUUUAAAAUUGUCAAAUUUAUCUAUAUUAUGUUUAUCUUUCUUUUCAUAUUUCUUGUUUCAACGAAUGUAAAUGGAUCAGACUAUUGAUAGGUGGCAGUGGCAUCCAGACCCUGACAUAGGCUACACUGUCGAGGGAGCUUAUCAGCUUUUGACUUCUCAUGCCUUUGUUACUUUAGGUGAUGCGGAAAACCUUAUAUGGCACUCUCAGGUUCCUUUGAAGGUUUUCAUCUUUGUGUGGCGUUUAUUGCAUGACAGGUUGCCAACGAGAGUAAACCUGGUCACUCGGGGUGUUUUGCCUUUUACAGCUGGCACUUGUGUUUUUGGAUGUGGAGCGGCCGAAUCGGCCCAUCAUUUAUUUCUCUCCUGUAGUAUUGCUGGAUCUCUUUGGGACUUAGUUCGUGCAUGGAUUGGCAUUUCUUUGGUGGAUUUCACUACUUUGCGUGAUCAUUUUGUCUAGUUUACAGCCUCAGCAGGUGGAUCUCGAGCGUGUCGGUCCUUUUGCAGCUUAUUUGGCUUACUUUUGUUUGGGUGAUAUGGACAGAGAGAAGUCAUCGUUUGUUCAAAGGCUCAACAUGCACACCUCAUCUUUUGUUGGACAAGAUCAAGCUUUUCUCAUUUCGGUGGUUGAAGACAACGAGUAUCACGUUAGCUUCAAACUACCAUAGCUGGUGGUCUACUCGAUUGUUGUGUUUGGGCCUUGUAUGAUUUGAUUACGACUGUAUAUUUUUGACUCUUUUGUAAACUGGUAUAGUCUACCUCGGUACGUCUUGUGCUGGGGAGGCUGCUUGUGUUAAUAUAUCUCAUUUUGGCUUCUUCAAAAAAAAAAUUGUUUCUAUUAAAAAAA